AUGUCCGACGCCCAUGCUGCGCAGCCCACUCAAUCCCCUGAGGCUCCUUACCCUAAACGCGAUAUAUUUGGCUUUGGUUCAAUGGCUGCUCCGGUCAACAGCAUCGCUACAGGCUCGACAUCCGCUGCUGCCUCUACAACCUCUGCAUCGCUUACUCCUAAUGCUCGUCCCAUACUGGCACCUGCUGCUCAGAACCUCAACUCCUGCGGAUUGGCUUCUCACUUCGAGAAGCUCCAACACUCCAGAGCCGCCGGUGUCCAUGGUGGCGAAAAUCAGACCACGACUUCCAGCCAGGUCCCUCCCAGUAUGCCUCCCACUCCAUCCUCUGAGGCUGUUGAGCCCAAGCGCCUGAUCUAUUGCUUUGGUUCAAUGACUGCUUCAGUCAACAGCAUCGCUACAGGCUCGGCCUCCGCUGCUGCCCAUGCAACCGCUGCAUCGCCUACUCCCAGUGCUCGUCUGGUCCUUACUCCUGUUGCUCCAAGGCUCACCUCUGACGGACUGGCUUCCUUUUCCAAAAAGCUCCAACGUUACCGAGCUGCUGGUACUCAUAAAGGCGAAGUCCAGAGCACCACUUCCACCCAGACCCCUUCUAGUAUGCCUGUCAGUGUACGUGGUGAGUCUACCACCGCUCAGCAGCCUAUGCGCUCUCCCAGCGUUACCCCGUCUUUCAGCAGCACCGUUACCACCAGCGCUCCUUCACCUGCUAACGGUGCUCCCCGUGGCCCUCAUGCCGCCUUCGCUUCGAGUGUCAUCGCCAGCCCUCACGUCAAGGGCGUCCCCCAGCACGUCGCUCCUCACGUCAACGGCGCUCCCCAGCACGUCGCUCCUCAUGUCAAUGGCACCUCUCAGCACGCUGCUCCUCACGUGAACGGCACUUACACUGCUUCCACAGCUUCCAGUGUGAACACCGGUCUCUGCUGCUGCCCCUGCAAUCUCUGUAUCGCCUACUCCCAGUGCUCGUCUGGUCAUGGUUUAUGCCUCUCAGAAUCUCAAUUCUAUGGAACUGCCUCUCUGCUCCAACGCUGCCUAGCUGCUAGUAUCCAUGGUGGCGAACACGAGAGUACCAACAGCGAUGACCAUGCUCUCGUACUUCGCAGCGGACUCAACUUGUCCAGGCUCACCCAUAUGUGCGAGAUUUGA